AUUAUUUUAUUAAAUCAUUCAUCCUCAAAAUUUUAAAAAGUUGAGCUUAUUAUAACUGUAGGAGUAGAAGGAGGGAGUAUCAUUCUUCUUCAUCAGAGGAACUCGCCAGAUAUAUGGUGCAAUGUGUUCUUCUUCAAGUUUGGAAUGGCCAGUAUUCGCGGAGUCCAAUAUCCCCACUCGCCUCGCCAUCCCUAUUUCUCCCAACACCACCGCCAGAGACUUCAUGAGAGUAUUUGAGAGAGCACACUUGAAUUGUUUCCCUGAACAUGGAGAAAUUGUGGCAAAUGGGUUGAUGGUCCAAAGGAAAUCGAACUUAUACCACUUAUCUGAUACUCUGCCCUUAAAGCACGCUUUUCAGCACACUAAAGGAGAUUGGUUUCUGCAGGUUAGGGUGUGUAAUCCUAGCAUUGCUGACCCGAUUGGGUCUCCUGAAGUUACCAAGGAUUUUUCAACGGAUGAUAAGCCGCAUAUUUUGUCGGAUGAGAAAUUUAAUUAUGAUGCAUUAUCAGAAAGCAUGUCAGUCUCGGGCAUUAUUACGAAAUAUUUCUCUUCUUAUGAUGAGGUUAACUCAACUUCGGUGUUUUCUUAUUCAAAAGUUGAAGGCGAACAAACAGAAAAUCCAUUUCUUAAGACUGAAGAUAACCGUCUCGGAUUUGAUAUCUGUACACCACCUCCAUUUUCUCUGAGAAUCCCUCCAGUGAUACAAAGUGUUCCUCUGGCCAGUGAAUCUGUUUCUGUUGUCUCAAGCAAGGGCAAGAAAGCUGAGAUUGGGAAGCGUCUUUUAACUGCCACGAAGAGUCUUGGGCUUAAUGUGAGUAACAGAAGUCCUGGACUUCCUCUUAAUAGGAUUUUAGCAUAUGAGAUCACGGAUGAGGACGAAUGAAGAUCACAGUGCUUUUCUUUUUGUUCAAGGGGAAAAUCCGGUGGUUAGAACUGAAGACUACCUCCAUUAAUUAGGAUUGAAAAAGCCUCCAGAAAUGCGAAUUUUCCUCCGAUUCAUGAUUCAUGAAACUGUUUCUGUAGUUUCAAGAAAGCUGAAAUAUAGAAGCAUCUUAUAACUGGCACUAAGAAUCUUGGGCUUUAUGCAUAUGAGAUCACUGAUGAGGACAAUUGAAGCUGAUCGCAAUGCACUUCUUGGCUACAGUUUUACAAAGGGAAAAUGUUCAGGGUGGUGUUGUUUUGCUCAAGGAGUAUUUAGGAAAAGCUCAAGGGCUACUAGAUCAAUACAAACUAUAAUGCAGCAUAAAACCGUUUGUCAAGAUAUAGCCCAUUUGGUUUCUCUCCAUUUGCUGAAUAUGUGGCCAAUCAUACCUCAUAUAGCAAGGUCAACCCCCACAUUUCUAAGGGACUGCAGGAAAAAAAGUUGCCCAACUCCCCAGUUAAUGGGGUUCAAAAACAGACACUCGGAGGACGCAAGAACAGUCUGCAUUCUCAUUCUUCCAGUGAUGAAGAGUUUGAAGGUACUAUUGUCCAAGCAGACUUUGAGUUCUUUGACCCAAAACCUGAUGACUUUCACGGGGUGAAGCUUCUCCUGCAGACCUGCCUAGAUAAUAAGCAGUGGGAUUUGAGUGGUUUCGUCAACUUAAUUCUGGGACAGCCCACUGUAGGGACUGUUAUUAAAAUAGCUGAGGAUGA